CUUUUCUCCCAUAACGCCUGAGUCACGUGGCUCUAGAUUAAGUGAAGGUCGUGAGGGAAAAGGCACCUUUUUGUCGCCGGGGUUCUCAUUCCGGCCGAUAUGUUGACUACCACCAUCCGCCGUUUCGGCACCUCCGCCCUUCGGCGGAUGCAUUACGAGGAUGGGCCGGGAAAGAAUCUCCCAUUCUCUGUUAACAACAAAUGGAAAUUGUUAUUCGGAACCUUUAUCUUUACCAUAACUGGUAUUGGUGGUCCCUGUUUUAUUGUAAGGCAUCAGCUGCUUAAGCAGUGAAUAUGUUGUAACAGGUUUCCUCACAGUGGGGAUGUUAACUAGCUGUGUACAAAGUUAUCUGCAACCUUCCCAAAUUGUUCCGAUGAGUGAAGCAUGAAAGGACAUAACAGCCAAGAUGGUGCUCAGCUGGCAAUGGCAUCAUAGCUCCAGAAACGUCUCGUUGUGAUGUUGCAGAAGGAAACACUGAAAGGAAAAGCGUUACUGUGAUGCAGCAGGAAUGCUUGUGCCAAUUAUUAAAUUAAAGGCAUAAGAUGCA